AGCAUGCAGCUGCUAACAGUUAGCAGCUAGCUGUUAGCCGCUUCGGUCAUCCAGUUCAUUCGUAGCCCAAACAUGGCUCGAGGAGACUGGCGAGGCUUUGCGCUGGAAGAAGCCGAGCUCUUUUCCGGGCGCCUGAAGGAUCUGCUGUCCUCCGGCCAAGCGUAUGUCCGCAGCCAUCUGGGCUUAGACCUGGGUCUGGAGCCCGAGCUGUACCCGACCUGGCUCACGCUGACGACGGCCGCCGUCUGCGCUCUGUUCUUGCUGGCAGCCUUCUGGGCCGCCGUCUGCGGCGGGAGGAAGCGGAGCAUCCCGGCGGUCACCCCAAGCGGCGGUGUGCCCGUCACCAAGGGCCUUGUGACCAAAACGGUUAAGCCGGAGGUGAUGAAGAAAAGAAACGUGAAGAAAGCGGCGGAUAAGUUUCAACUGAAGACUCAGUCCAACGGACAGCCUGCUGCCGCUGUGAUAAUGCAACAGGAAGUCAAAGUCCCGAAGCUGUUUGCCAAGCUGCCGCUGCCCAUCAAAACUCGGAAUGCGCCCGACGUGCAACCGCCGGCACAGGUGAAAAAAGACAAGCAGAAAAGCAAGAAGAGCGUAAAAUCGGCACAGUUUGUGGUCACGCAUGACGGGAAAGAACCUGACGAAGGCACGUGGGAGACCAAAGUCAGUAACCGUGAGAAGAAGCAGCAGCGCCAGAAGGAGAAGUGCCCCGAGACCUGCGGUGGCCCGGAAAGGACGCACGCCGCCAAGAGCCACGUGGAGUCCACCAGCAACGUGAAGAAGAAAAACAGAGUAGCUAACGAAUCCCAGCACUCAAGAUCAGCCGCGAAAGGGCCAUCCUGCCAGGGAGGAGACUGCGUCAACAGCGGAGGGCGGAACGACUUUCCCGCCAAGAUCUCGGUAACCCAGAUGGGUUCUGCGGAGACGAGCAAGUGGGGUUCCCACUGCCGCACCCGAGCCGAACCCCGGUCCUGCACCCAGAAGUCACAAGGUGGCGCUCAGACAUGGGUGGCUAACAUGAAAUCGGACGUCAACCCGCUCUCUUUGUCCAUGCAGCGACUGAACGCGGCGGCGGAGCCGCUGUCCAAGUCCAUGGAGCUGCAGUGGACGAGCCACGCUGACGAACAAUGGGGCGGUACAAACGGCGUGGAGCCCGGCUCCGACUGGAAUGCCCCCGCGGAGCCCUGGGGCAACUACGAGCAGCCCCAGGAGGCGAUGAGGCAACUGAAGGAGCGGCCCCCCGCCAACAAGGUGAUGGAGGAUGAGAAGGACAACGAGGAUCCAGUAGGGGGUGCCGCAAAGUCCAAGAAGAAGAGGAAAAAGAAAAAGAAAAGCGAAGAGGAUGCCCUGUGCCAGGCUCAGGCGGGAAACUUUGUACCCAAAUCUGAAGAUCUUCCCGCUGCUGCCUCCAAAAAGCCGAGCAUAUCAUCAUCCCGGAAGCAACCCGAGCAGAACGCAGCGGCGGCGGCGGCGGCGGCAAAAAAAGACAAGAAAAAGAUCAGAAGGGAAACCUAGAAGGCACCUGAUGACUCCUUUGCCAACCUUUUUAUGCAAAUGAUUGUGGAAUUCGUCAUUAUGCAAUAAUGAGCAGCUUCUUUGUGGAAUACGUUUUUUAUCUAAUUAUUAUUAAUAAUAAGACGAAGAUGAUCACUUACGCGGCGAUGGGAAGUGAUGAAAUGUGGCGAGGACGGGGUCCUAUGGACUUGAGUCUAAUUUGCACUAUUUUUGAUGCACAGCGGACUUUUUAUGAAUUUUUAUCAUUUAUUGAUAUUUAGGUUCCAUUUUUUUGCGCUUGUUCAGUUACACUUUUAUUGAAUGACUUCCCUGCUGUCCUUGUUUAAAAAAAAAAAAAAAAAAUGCUCUAGUGAGGGACGGUGUGUUAAGUGGUCAAUUUAAUUUCAUUUGAGAGAUAUUAUACUUCAAACAAAUUUUAUUUAAAAGCCACUAGCGGAAACUGUAACGUGAAUACAUUUUUUUCUUUUUUUUUUUUUUCAGAGCCAUCAGGGAGAACUGUAAAUGUUAAAAAAAUAAAACAAUGAAAUGAAAGUUAUCAUAAAAUAAGAGUAAUGUAAACAAUUAGAUGUAAUGUGAAAAAUUCAACAAAAUGUUCAAUUGAAAUGAGAAAACAACAAUUUAAUAUAAAUCAAGAGCUAGUGUGGGGUGCUGUAAUGUAAAAAAAAAAAAAAGGACAAAUGCAAUUUUAAAUUACAACUUUAAAAAAUGACAGUAAAUAGCCAGUGUGAUUGUAAAUUAAAAAUUAAGAUUUGAUCAAGAGCUACCAUGUCAGUGGAAUGUGAAAAAAAAUUUGAAAUUUAAAAUGACAAAAUAUAGAUGAAAGUAAUAGCCACUAGGGGACACAGUAAUGUGAAAAAUGAAGUCACAAGGGGACACUGUAAAGAGAUCUUUCGAAGUGAAUUUUUACCAUUUACUUUAACAUAAGUUUGUGCUUAGUGGGAUUAUCUCAUGAUGCACCAUCAAAUAUUGACAGAAUAUAUUUAUCUGCCAUGUUUAUCCUGCUCCUAAGUUUGACCCUUUUUUAUACUUCUAUUACAUAAGCAUUUUAUAACCUUCAAAAGGAUGCUCACUCACCCCUGUUGUAAGGACCUUUUUUUUUUUUUUGUUAAUUUUUUGUGAAUGGAAAGCGUAAGCAACUUUAAUUCCAACACGUAAAAUAA